GUUAUCUAUGUCAACUUGGAGAUGGAUUCCGAGACAUUUGAAUGGGAGGAUGAGGGUUUUGAGGUCGAUUUUGAUGGACUCGGUUACAGGUUUGAACCUGAAUAUUCAGAGGAAGAAUUCCUGCAAAGAAAGGCAGAGUUUGAGCUGCAUUUGUCCACGGAGUCCAGUGUUACGCCUGUUGCCGAAGCUGCUGUUGUCUCAAGGCUUACAGGCACUUGGUGGUGUUCCUGUCGAAAGUGUAAACAAAUGCCUACAGAAGAGGAGAGUUUGUGCUGCACCGAAUGGGACUUACUGGUUACAGAGGGGAUGGAGAAUCUAAACGUAUCCGUCGACGAAACCGAGGUCUCGCCGACUUGUGUCACAGAUCGUGAUGUUCGGGAUUUGCUCCAGAGACCGGUUAUAGAGACAUUCUUUUAUGUCCCGAAACCUAAUUGGAAAAAGCGUCCUAGACCAGAGGGGUUGAAUGGCCAGUUAUCAGAUCGACAGUUACGACUGGUGUCAUACAGAGUGGUUCUGGAGUGGGCCCUCAAGGGUCAACAACUGGGACGUGGCAAUCGAGUCGUUCUGCCCAGCUGUGUUGUGUGGGCCGUGAGAGAUGCGUUCCCAUCCCCCACUGAACAGUACACAGGAUUCAAAGAAGGGGAGAUAGAGGCUGUGUUCUGAACUCAAGCAAUUGUACUAUUCAGGUCCUUGCUACCCCCUGUUCUUCAUCUGCUUCGAACAUCGCAAGAUAGUGUGUGUCCUG